UUGGCUACCCACAAUGCAACGCGGCAAAGAAAACUGCUUCCUCUUUUCCGGCCUCCAAAAUGGCGCAGACAGUGUCAAAGAAAAGGAAGUUCGUCGCGGACGGUGUCUUCAAGGCCGAACUCAAUGCCUUCCUGAUGCGUGAGUUGGCUGAGGAUGGCUACAGUGGUGUCGAGGUGAGAGUAACACCCACCAGGACCGAGAUCAUCAUCCUGGCCACCAGGACCCAGAAUGUGCUAGGUGAGAAGGGGAGGCGCAUCCGAGAACUCACCUCUGUGGUCCAGAAGAGGUUCAGCUUCCCAGAGGGCACAGUAGAGCUCUAUGCUGAGAAGGUAGCCACAAGAGGUUUGUGUGCUAUUGCCCAGGCAGAGUCUCUGAGGUACAAGCUCAUUGGUGGUCUGGCUGUGCGUAGGGCGUGUUAUGGUGUCCUUCGUUUCAUCAUGGAGUCUGGCGCCAAGGGUUGCGAGGUGGUGGUGUCUGGUAAGCUGCGUGGCCAGCGUGCCAAGGCCAUGAAGUUUGUGGAUGGUCUGAUGAUCCACAGUGGUGAGCCAGCCAGCGAGUACAUUGACACAGCUGUCAGGCAUGUGUUGCUGAGACAAGGUGUCUUGGGAAUAAAAGUGAAGAUCAUGUUGCCGUGGGAUCCUUCUGGAAAGAUUGGACCCAAGCGCCCUCUGCCAGAUCAUGUCAGCAUCGUGGAACCAAAAGAAGAAAUUCUUUGCACACAACCAGUCAGCGAACAGAAGGGUGGAAAGCCCGACGCUGCUCCUGUAGUGACACAGUAGAAGAAUGGUGGAGAGACUAAACUUAAGUGAACUGUAAAAUUGUGAAUAUUAUUACUUUAUCUCAAAUGUGGAAAAAAA